AUGGCUACACCUGUAAAUGAGAAUAUUGAUCCUAUUGCUUGUUUACAAGAACAAACGGAAAAACUUUUAGCAACUAAUGAGAAACUUAAGGAGGAGAAUGGAAGACUUAAAAAUGAAAAUAAAUGUCAAAAAGAUGAGAUAAGAGGAUUAACGGAGCAACUGGAACAAGAGAGGAAAAGAAUACGUUUUUCAAUUGAAUGUUUUAAGGACAAUGACAUUCUCAUUAGGUUUUAUACGGGGCUGGAAGACUACAAAACCUUCAAAACAUUGUUUGAUUCAUUUGGACCGGCAGUGAAUAAUCUGGUGUAUUAUGGUACCAAGACUGAUUUGGAAAGGUUAAGCUCUGAAGAUGUAAUUAAACGUGGACCUAAAAGAACAAAUUCACCUGAACAGGAAUUUUUCCUUGUGUUGGCUCGCUUGCGAUUGGGGCUUUUAGAAGAAGAUAUAGCGACCAGAGCUGGGUUGUCUCAAUCACAUAUGUCAAGAAUAUUUAUUACUUGGGUUGACUUCUUGCAUUCAAGGUUAUGUAGCUUUCCAAUUUGGCCAUCCAGAAAAGCAGUUGAUAAUUCAAUGCCAGCUUCAUUUAGAGAUAUGUAUCCUUCGACACGAGUUAUUAUUGAUUGCACAGAAAUAUUUAUUGAAAAACCAAAUUCUUUUAGAAGUCAAAGUGCAACAUUCUCCACUUACAAAAGCCACAACACUGCCAAGGGUUUAGUUGGCAUAAGCCCAUCAGGAGCUGUCACUUUUGUAUCGGAUUUGUAUGCAGGAAGAUCAAGUGAUCAACAAAUUACUAUUGAUUGUGGAAUUCUGAACUUGGUAGAAAAUGGAGACUCAAUUAUGGCUGAUAGAGGAUUUGAUAUUGAGCACAAUUUACCAGAUGGAGUGUCACUAAAUAUACCACCAUUCAUGCGUGAGAAAGAGCACUUGUCAAUUGAAGAGGAAACCAAGACUCGAAGAAUAGCUUCUGUUAGGAUCCAUGUGGAGCGGGCAAUUGCCAGAAUAAAGAACUUUAAAAUUUUAAGUACAGUCUUUCCAAUUUCCAUGGCAGCAAAUUUAAACAAAAUUUGGGUGAUUUGUUGUUACCUUUCUAACUUUUUACCACCACUACUUGUAGAAAAUAACAAGCUGGACUAG